AUGGACUUUGUCAAGAAAUUCACCAGCGGCGAAGGCGAUAACCAGCAGUCUACGGACAGCCGAAAGGAGGAGACCACCAGCAGCAGUGGGGGCGGCUUCAUGGAUAAGGUCAACGAGUUCGGCGGCGGCGGCAAAAAGGGUGAACAGAACGAGGAUGCCCUCGAUAAGGCUGUGGACUUUGUCCAGGAGAAAUUCCUGGGCCAGGGCGACCAAAGCAACGAGAGCGCCGCAGAGCAGGCUAAGGACGAGGCCAUUUCUGACUUCAUCCGGGAUCAAUACAAGAGCACGACGGGCAGUGAUUUCCCAAUCGCAGACAAGGACAAGAAGUACGGAGCUUGA